CAGAAAAGGAUAAAAAGACAACAACAAAAAUAGAGAAAAAAUCGAGUUGAAGGGUUUAUAUCAAAGAUCAAAGUUCCUACCUACGAGAGUUGACAUUUAAAAUUGCAUGAAAUAUAAAUUUAAGUCGUAUAGAUAUAAAACUAAGUAGUAUAAAUAUGCUAAAAUAUCAGAUAUAGGACUUGUUGAACUAUUUAGAUAUAUGAAUGCGAUUUAGAAAUAGACUAACAUGACCACAUGAACCAAAGUACCUGUGGUAACAAUUGCUUAAAUAAAAAAGAAACUGCUGCUCCGACAAUUAUAACUUGACGCGCAGAUUUAAUUGCUUUAUAAAAAGCAUUUAAAUUUCAAACCUCAUGGAAACGAAUAUUGUCCCCUCUUAAAAAAAACAACACUCAUAUGAGUUUUACAAUAUUUAAAUAUAUGUUUUAGGGCAUAUCAACUGCUUAAUUCUUACCAAAAGAAAGAAUCGCUAAAAGUGAAAAUAUUUGUCAAAAGCGUAGCAAAAUGCAAAUAGUAUUUUGACAUCCAUCAUAACCAUUUUAUCUGUACUAGUUGCUUAAAAGUACAGGAAGUAAAACAUGGUUCAGGUAAAUGGCUUUUUAGCUUUUAUGAAAAUAUAACAGGACAGCAAAAAUAAAAAAGGUUUUAUAAAAUAAAUAUGCAAUCGUUUUCAGGCAUUAUUGGGCUUUAAAUCAAUACCCAAUGCGUAUUGGUUUCACAAUAUCUGAUCAACAAGGAAGUAUAUUAAGCUUCACUUAUUUCAUGAAAUGACAUUGAAACGUAUCGUUGCUAUUUUGGAUACAAUUACGAAACGAUUUUGUUUCAGUAAAGUAUUUGUACAUGUAUCAAGCAUAUUCAACUUAUUUGUAUAGGAGGAAUAUACAUGUGUUUCAAAAUUAAUUUGACAUGUUUGAAGAUCAACCAGCUAUCACAAUGAGUUCUAAAUUCUGUAAACUAGUUUGCAUAGGUUGCCUUUAUGCCAGUCCGUUCAUUUUUCAAACUGUUGGUUUGUUUACACCAAAGUGGAUUUCAACCGAAACAUGUGACGCUGUUGGUCUAUUGUACAGUUGCUUCGGUGGACCUGAAAACAAUACUUGCAGACCUUCGCAUAGAGAGGAUGAACUGGACACGUCAGCACGAGGUUUACAAAUUUCUUCGUUUGCAUUGAUGGUGAUUGGAUUAUUGGUGUUUUUCAUUGGAAUAUCUUGUGCACGUGGUUUAUUUAACAAAUGCGACCCGGAAACAAAUAGUGAGGUGACUAGAAAACUGCAGGUUUUUUGCGACACAAUAAUUGGUUGUCUAGUUAUAUUCUUUGGAGGCUUGCUGCUGUCGAUUUCGGGGUGUAUUUUCCUUAUAAUAGGCUUAAUUUCUUGCUUAAAAUUCUGUUGCGACCGAGAUGGAUAUGAGACUUUAUCCGAAGCGACUCAGCGUCUAUAGAAAACGACAGCUCAUCAAGAGAUAAUACAUCAUUUGUAUUAUAACUUCAUCUGCGACACAAAAUAUCCCGAGAAGACACUUUCAGAAUGAUAAUUUUCAGUGGUAGCGUUGGAAGAGGCAUUGCCAAUUUGCCGGAAUUCAUCUCUGUUGUGUUUAUUUGGACUAACAAUUUCCAUUGUAAAUGAAAGGUUCCAAACAUCUUAAAUUAUCUUUGCAAUACAAUGAUUUGUACUGUAUAAAUAUUCAAAAAUCAUUAGCGACUAGUUAAAAGUAUCAAAUUCUGAAAGGAGUUCGCACAUGUAGAUUGGAGGGCAUACUUGUAUUAAUUAUAUGAUUUAAACAAAUUCUUCGCUAUGGUCGGAUGCAAAACCGUCGUUUAUCAGAUGUUGGUAAACCUUUACUAUCCGAAGGUAGCCUUUGACACAAGCAAAACGUCUGUACAUCCGUGAAUGACGACCAGGCUUUAAAUCGUUGACUGACUAUGUAAUGUUCAUCUCGAUAUAGAUAUUGGACAGUUCUAAAAAUCGGAGACCGAAAAUGUCCAUGCAAGAAAUUCAGCAGGUUAUAGGUUGUGUCUCUGAUUCUAAGCAAGUGGUACGCUAGUAUUUAGUGUUACUUUUAGUGAAAUGUAAAUUCUAAAUCAAUUGUAAAGGGUGUUAUCCCCAAAAAGCAUUUAAAACAUCUAUAAUAGAUCAAAAGUCGCAAACAUGGUUUGAUGGAAACAGAAGGAUAUCAGCAAGAGUAAGGACAACACAAAUCACGCUUCUUUUUUCAAUCGGCUCUAGUAAUGUUCAGUCUUAAAUUCUUAAAGUAUUGGAAUCAAUGAUUGCAAAGGAUUUAAAUGAAACAAUAAAAAGACAAGCA